AUGCUGAGCGACGUUAAACUACCGCGAAAUAUCUCGACAGCUGAUAAAGUUGUCAUCUUUGACAAUCUUAAUGUCAGACUAGGCAGAGAUUUGAAGCUUGAAAACCAAACCAAAGUCAAGGUAAACAUAUCUAUCUAUCUAUCUAUCUAUCUAUCUAUCUAUCUAUCUAUCUAUCUAUCUAUCUAUCGUAUAAACUGUUCUCUAUUUAUCUAUCUAUCUUAUCAUGUUCUCUCUGUGUCAAUCUAUCUAUCUAUCUAUCUAUCUAUCUAUCUAUCUAUCGUAUCAUCUGUUUAUCUAUCUAUCUACCGUAUCAUCUGUUAUCUAUUCUAUCUAUCUAUCUAUCUAUCUACUUUGUCAUCUAUUUAUCUAUCUAUCGUAUCAUCUGUUUAUCUAUCUAUCUAUCGUAUUAUCUGUUCUCUAUCUUUCUAUCUAUCUUGUCAUAUCUAUCUAUCUAUCUAUCUAUCUAUCUAUCUAUCUAUCUAUCGUAUCAUCUGUUUAUCUAUCUAUCUAUCUAUCUAUCUAUCUAUCUAUCUAUCUAUCUAUCUAUCUUGUCAUCUGUAUCUAUCUAUCUAUCUAUCUAUCUAUCGUAUCAUCUAUCUAUCUAUCUAUCUAUCUAUCUAUCUAUCUAUCUAUCUUGUCAUCUGUAUCUAUCUAUCUAUCUAUCUAUCUAUCGUAUCAUCUGUAUCUAUCUAUCUAUCUAUCUAUCUAUCUAUCUAUCUAUCUAUCUAUCUUGUCAUCUGUAUCUAUCUAUCUAUCUAUCUAUCUAUCUAUCUAUCUAUCUAUCGUAUCAUCUAUCUAUCUAUCUAUCUAUCUAUCUUGUCAUCUGUAUCUAUCUAUCUAUCUAUCUAUCUAUCUGUGAUUCAGCCAUUGCUGAGAGGCAAUGUAAGAAUAUCACUUUUCUAUUUUUAUACUUCAUUUAUCUAUCUAUCUAUCUAUCUAUCUAUCUAUCUAUCUAUCUAUCUAUCUCAGUCUAUUCAUUAUCUAUCUAUCUAUCUAUCUAUCUAUCUCAGUCUAUUCAUUAUCUAUCUAUCUCAGUGUAUUCAUUAUAUAUCUAAGUCUGUUCAUUAUCUAUCUAUCUAUCAGUCUCUUCAUUAUCUAUCUAUGUUGCCUUCUCGUAAAUAA